CAUAGUCAGCAAGCAGAGACGUAGCCCGCUUAGUAUUCUGAGCACAGGGAAAAGAGAGGGAGGGGAGAGUGACAUAGAAAAAACGAGGGUAAGAAGACUGAGAAAUACAUUCCAAGAAAAGAGGGAGAGGGGAGCGGAGAGGUAUAUUUUCCAUUUCUCCCUCUCAGUCUACCCCAACGCCUCAUUCUUCAUUCCCAGGUGCAGUAUUUGAGCUCGUUUUCCUUUCUUAUAGCGAGAGGGCGGAAUGUUCAAGACGCGUCGCAUCUGAAAAAUAGGCUAGUGUUAGGAUGAAAGAGGCUUGUAGGAGAGUAGUCUCGGAUGCAACAUAAAGGUGAUGUUGGAGGCAUAUAUAAGACAUUCCAUAAAUCUAGGAAGAAAUCCAGGAAAACUACUGCAUUCCAUUGAAUCCGCUUGGAACUACACAACUCAAAGCUGAACUUUGCUCAAGACUUUUUGUCGUGAAAGGACGGUUUCCUUCAAAUCUCGGAUGACAUUAAUAAAAAAACAGCAGCAAGCAAAAAGUUAUGAAUUUGUUGGAAGGAUAACGAAGUAUUGUUAGGCUGUAGCUUGGUGAAAAUGACUGUAACUCCUAGGCUUUACAAACAAGAUUAAAACAAAGGGGCAGUUGUGGAUCAUACAUUAAUGGGCUUGUCAUUCAGGGAGGGUCAGUGCUAGACCCUAUUCAAGUUGACAGUGCCCUACAACCCUUUCAAUCAUUGGUCCAAUCUCCACCGGCCACUCCCUUCUCUUCAGACCCUCUAAGGAAGGUGGCUGGACCGAACCUCUUCUUACUCAGGGGCCGUCCGAUUGGUGAGGGCGGCGAGGGCUGCGCUGUGAUAGGUUGACUGCGGGUGGGAGUGCGAUGCGGAUUGGAGGAUGUCGGGGGACUGGGAUGAAGACCACCUGUGUAAGAAGGCGCUCACCCUGGUGGAGGAGUUGUGCUUCCACUCUGCAGCUAGGGUCAGCCAUGAAGACAGCUGCCGAGACUUUAUCUACAUGAUGAGGGGACAGCAGCAUGAAACAGAGAUCUCUGUCAGUCUCCUUUCGGUGAUCGUGACGUUUUGUGGGAUAGUCCUUCUGUCCGUCUCUCUCUUCGUCUCCUGGAAGCUCUGCUGGUUGCCAUGGCGAGACAAGGAGGGCGGGGGUCUGAGCUUGACCUCGGGGCUGAUGCCCGGGGGCGUAGGUUCGAUGGGCAGCAGUGGUGGGGCCUCCCUCUUACCGCCUCUCAUGCAGCGGAAGGCGUCCCACUCCUCGCUGUACCCCUCCCUGGCCCAGCCUCAGCAGCAUCACCCCCACUUCUCCGACCUGCUGGGGGUGGAGAGUGGCCAGGGGGUAGGAGGGGUGGUGGGAGGGCCCGAACAGACCCAGGAACACUCCUACCUGGACAUGGACUCCUACCCAAACAACGCUGGUACUUUGAAGUUGAGCCAGACAUCUCCAGAGUUGCCCCCAGCCAGUGAGGGGGGGGCCUCCCUGCCCCACAAAGACAUGCCCAACGCCCACUCCCAGCAACAGGUCACUGCACGCCCCAAGCCCAUGACUCACCAGCUGUCCAGCCCUGAUUUUCACGGCGAGGAGAAAAGUGAGCAGGUGACCAGCAUCGGCCAGAUCAAACCGGAACUCUACAGACUGCGCGGGGGUGACCAGGGAGAGGGGAAAACGGGGGAUAACUGCGGCAAGAUCAGCUUCCUCCUGCGUUACGCUUUCAACACGGAGCAGCUAGUGGUGAAGAUACUUAAGGCUGUAGACCUGGCAGCCAAGGAUGCCAACGGUUUCUCUGACCCCUACGUCAAGAUCUACCUACUGCCAGACAGGAAGAAGAAGUUCCAGACCAAGGUCCACAGAAAGACACUGAACCCGAUUUUCAAUGAGACGUUCCAGUUCGGCGUGCCCCUGGCUGAGUUGCACUCCAGGAAGCUGCACUUCUCUGUCUACGAUUUCGACCGUUUUUCCAGACACGACCUGAUUGGCCAGGUGGUGGUGGACAACCUGCUGGACUUCAGCGAGGGUACUGGGGAGAAGCCUGUUUGGAGGGACAUUGUGGAAGGCACCGCGGAGAAGGCAGAUCUGGGAGAGCUGAACUUCUCACUGUGUUACCUGCCCACGGCAGGCCGACUCACUGCCACCAUCAUCAAGGCCACCAACCUCAAAGCCAUGGACCUCACCGGCUUCUCAGACCCGUACGUGAAGGCUUCACUGAUAUGUGAUGGCCGCAGGCUAAAGAAGAGGAAGACGUCCAUUAAGAAGAAUACAUUGAACCCCACCUACAAUGAGGCUCUGGUCUUUGACAUCCCCCAUGAAGACAUUGACAGGGUGUCCAUCGUCAUUGCUGUCAUGGACUACGACUGCAUUGGUCAUAAUGAGGUCAUAGGGAUGUGUCGUGUAGGCAGUGAUGCCGAAGGUCCCGGGAGAGAGCACUGGGCAGCCAUGCUGGCCAACCCCCGCAAGCCCAUAGACCACUGGCACCAGCUUGUUGAGGAGAAACUUGUGGCCUCGUUUGUGUCAAAGAGUCCUGCAGCCUCCCCCAAGCCACAUAUCGUGGUGGACAGUCCUCACUCUGAGUAGAACUGUCAUUAUCAUCUUUCUAGUUCCAGUUUUUUUCUUUCCUCUCAUCUGUGAAUAAUUCUCUCCAUCAAAGAAAGAGAGAUAAGGAGACACAUCAACUGCUACUGCUGUUCUACUGCUACUAAUGAAUCUUCCAACUCCUGUCCUAUCGCAGCAAAGCAAGGGAAAAAAAUUCUUCUACACAAGCAACACUUACAGAAAAAUAUUGUAGAACUAUGAGACACACAGACACACACACACAGUGUAGAGAACAUCUGUUAGUACCAGUAAUUCAGUAAUUUAUCCAGGAGUGUGAUACACAUUUCUCCCUCCAAAUCCGGUCCUAAGGUUUCUGCACUGUUUGUAUAGACUUGAAAAGACCAACCAUAUAAACACUUUACUUUGGACCAUUAGUGUAGUAUUUCUGAACGGUUCAUGUAGUGUUUUCACUAGGACAAACAUCAGUUGCGGAGACUCUAGACUCUUCUGAACGCCUGGCUUGGGCCUUCCCUCUGGAUCUGGACUUUUCUUGCUUUUAUUUUAAUUUUUUUGCUGGGGGAAGGAUCCUUUGCUGGUCGUUAUUAUUGAUGUCAGGAGAGGGAGAGAUGUGGGCAGACCCAUCGGAACCCAUCGGAACCCAUCGGAAGCAUGUUACUCAACCUUGAAAUGUGUCCCUUUGUCUCAUUAUUUUGUCACCUCCUUCAUGGUGCUCAUUAAUAUCAAUUAUCUUUGUUUUGUUGAUAUUGUUUCGGGUGUUUGUGUAAUAUAUAAUCAUCCGGGAAGGUAAUUAAUCCAUACCAGUUUUUUACGACCCACUAAGGAUGUGACAGUGAGUACUUGGAGACCUGAACUAUAUGAGGGCCCCGGGGUGUUACGAGAAUAGAGUCCCCCUGUUUGGAUAUACUGGCAGACUUUACCCCAGAGGACUCUACAGGGGAACUGUGAUUAGGUCGGACCUGCUCGGCUUGGAGUGCACUUACUGGAAAGGCAUCCUACCGGGAAGGAUUUCACCAUUAUAUUUUAUUUUUCUAUCAUCCCAGGAUUUUUUUUUUCUUUUUUUUUUUGAGAAGACAUUAUUUAUUUUCAAAAGAGAAAAAUUGUCUGCAGUCCAUCAUGUUUCCAAUUGGACGACAACAUUAGGACACACAUUUGUGUUGCUUUGAGUUGUGUGUAUUUCUGUGUUUGUGUGUAUGUGUGUGUUUUGUAUUUGUGUGCGUCUGUGUGCGUAUGCCUGUGUGUGUGUGUGUGUGUGUGUGUGUGUGUGUGUGUGUGUGUGUGUCACUGUGACCUUGUGUGUCCCUAUCUCCUACCUGUCCUUGCGCCCCCACACCAUUCCUAGCAUCCACAGACUGAAACCCUUGUCUUGGAACAAAUUGUGUCUUUUGUCCUUUGUGUCUUAGAGGAGCCCUUUUUGUGUAGGACCCAUUGCACUCUGUGGGGAGUGGGGUUGUUAUCACCCCGUAUGAGCAGUCUGUCUGUCAUAGACAUUAGUGUAUUGUCUAUGUUGUUUCCCAAAUCAGUGCCCCUUUUUGCCUGGUGUAAGUAUCUGUGUCGGUUGUGUACUUCUUUCAGUAAAUGUGUGCUGUAUGUCUGAGGGGAAACCAGUUGGCACAGUGAUUGAAAGAUACAAAUGUUGGAUAUGUUUUGAUUACUUUAAUAGAUACAAAAACAGCUGAGGUAAAAAAAAAAAUAGUAAUGACUACUUGUCCAUGUCCCUUAGCGGUCCCUCCAAACAGGGAGACAGAGAGGGGUUAACCGUGUCCUUGAUCUCAAGUGAAAUACUAUGAUUCCCUGUUUACUUUCUGCACUUUCUUUUUUCACCAUGUGGCUACUGCCAUGAGAGAACCAUCACCAAUACCACCACUACCACUACUAUGACCUCAAACAAGUUAGCGCUAAUACUGCUCUGGUUGCCAUUUCUCCUUAAACACAUUCAGGUUGAUUCAGUUAAUAGUCCAACUUUAGGCCAAGGAAGUGCAGGGAGGUUUACUGGUAUGUACACGGACUGAAGCCGUAUAUAUCCCAUAUCAUAGCCAGAAGUAUUUUAUCUGGUAAUGUAUGUCAGCUCAGGUUGUUCUGGGAGGUCAUUGAUCUGCCUGUAUAAUUAGAUACUAUAUUAUUAUCCAUUGGCCAUUCUCCAGGCUCUGUCUCCAUCCCUCAUAGACCAUCUGAUUCUCUGCCCCAUAAUAUUGUGGUGGUAUGAGUGCUCCUCUACUUCUCUUUAAAUCUCUCUAAAAAUACCCUACUUUAUUCUUCUUUACCCUUUGUCUCUCUCAUUGAUUGUUGGUUGUGGCGUUCCAUUUCUUUAAACAACCCGUCCUUCUCCAUGUCUCAUGCUUUCUCUGGCUCCACUCAGCUAUUCACCCACUCUGUUAGUACUCCAGCUUUCCUCCAUCUUGCCCUCUCUCUCUUUGUGUCUCUCUCUGUCUCUCUCUCACUCUCUGCCUGUCUCUCUCUCCGUGUAUGACUCCUCUGGAAGUCUGUCUUUCUAUGUUAGUGCAGUUCUGAUGGACAUGGGGAAACGUGUUUGCAUGCUUAUAUUAACAUGAAUGAUGUCAACUUGAUGCAAUGAAAAUUAAACAAGUGAUGCUUAAAGCAAAACCUAACAAUGAACUUGAUACUAAUACUACUAAUGAGAAAAAUGGAGACCUAGCAAUUGUUAUCUCUGUGAUCAAAACAAUGAUGAUAAAUAACAUUGUUUAUGCUGUAUAUCUUCCUUAAAUUGGUACAGUAUUUCUGUUUUUAGUUUAUGGUUUCCCUUUUUUAUUUAUAAUUUCUUUAGAAGUUUACUUUUUUAUGGGUUUAACUGAGAAAUUUGAAUCAGAGUGAGACAUUCAGUUAGGACGAUUGUUUUAGCCAGAGAACUGGGAGGAGGGUGAAGGACAAGAUUAUGUAGGUAAAUGUGUAGGAGAUGGUGUGGCUGAAGCAAUGAUAAUGGAAAUAAAGGAUAUGCAUCAUCCAGCCUCA